AUGGGCUUCUUGGUUACGAUGCCACUUCCUUAUCAAACAAGGAGGAGGAGGAUUGCCCAAUCCUACGUGCAAUUCUUUCGGACCCAUACAACCCGACAAAUCUACCUCCUCUACCUGUAUACGUACCCAUCAUGCAGAUGGAACCAGAUGCUAGCUAGUCCUGCGCUGACGGACUAUGCGGGCUUCUUACAGUUGGGCCUUGUGUGGCACGAGAGCCGCACCCGGGCCCUGCUGGCCGCUUUCACAUUCUGGGACGGCCUAGGGCAGCAGCAGCUGCUGUACGUGGCCAACAUGCACCUCGAGGGUUCACCGUACCGACCCAACGACCGCAUUAGUCAGACGCGAUCUGCGCUGCAACGGCUGGAGGCGCAUCAGCGCCAGUACGGCAUUGCACCCGAGGAUGCGGCCGUGGUGGUUUGCGGCGAUUUCAACUCCGGGCGGCACGAGACAGUGUGCCACUUCUUACACAGGGGUCGCUUGGAGGGCGGUACCACGGAGCCCCACAUGCCCAAGGUUGAAGUCACCAAAGCCAGCAUCUCCCAUCCCUACGCGCUCCACGAGGCCUACAGCAGCGGGGGACACGAGCUGCCCUUUACGAGAAAGGUGCAAAGCGGCAGCGGACCCGGAUCCUCCUCGGAUAGGAUGCUGCUGGUGUAUGUAUGGCUCCUGAGCACCGUGUAG